GCAGUCAAAUGAACUGAAUAUUGCAGGUAUCAAAAUGAAUAGUUUUGUUUUUCAGUCUCUUCAAAUUUAGCUGCAGGGGUCAGGGGUUCCUUGGAUAUAUUUCCUCCUUGGAUAUAUUUCCUAUCUUUAAUUCUGGCUACAGCCCUGUUAGCUACUUCAAAAACAAUAUAAGCAGUUACCAACAGGCCUACAAACCAAACACACCAACCCCAAAAUCACUGUUUGUCAUAACAACAUAUGCUUAAAACAUUAACUGGAAGGAUUACUAGAUUAGCAGAAUGUGCUGCAUGGCGCCUUCACAGCAACUGGAUCAUCAGGUGCUGCAGAGGUGCUGUUGAUUUGUGUCCCUUUAUAAAUAGGUUUGGGAGACAAAGAUCCUGUCUAGAUGAGUGAUACACAGUCAAAACCCAAUCAAAUUAAGAGGAAAACUCUUCACAGAAGAUACGGGCUGCCUCUAUAAAACACGUGGGCCCGGGGCUGCCGCUGGAUUAACCAAGAGAGAAGUACUUGGGAACAAUACAAUGGUCCAUUCUCAUGCAGUAUAAUCCUUGUAGGUAUUGCAAGCAGUUUCAUAUGACUCCGCAGAGAAAAAGCUACUACAUGCACCUCUCUGAAAAAGUGUUUCGACAACAGAUAAAAAAAAAACAAAUGUCCACUGUAAGUAGCCAACUUAAAUUUUUUUAUAGCUUAAUUUUAUUGUGUUUCUUAUUUAGUUGAAAUGUUUAAAUUGCAGCUGUAUUGGUUUGAUCAAAUUUUUAGUUUGUUUAAUAACACUACAAGUAGAAGGCAUUAGUUUGCAGUUCUUAACCUUUUUCAAUUAUUAUCGUUUUUAAUUUGAUGCCUUUGUGUUCCUGGAUUUAUUGUGUACCACAUUACACUAUCUGGAUAAACAAGAUUAGCUUAGUAGCAAAGGUUAGCUUUCUCUUCUUGUUUUUAUAAAUUAAAAAAAAAUGUUUAUGAGGAAUGGAGCAAACUAUUGCGAUGCUUUUUUCUUUUGUACAUGUCAAUAUAUACCAACAACUGCCGAUAUGUGUAUAUGGUUUGAUACUAUUAUGCAAGAUUAACACUAAAUGGGUGUCCUUGUUUUUCACCCAGUCGUUAAUACUUAUGAACCAUGGAAUGAACCCCAUGUUCUCAAUUAAGUCUAAAAUAUACUGUGGGCUUCAUUUUUUGAUUGUAGUCCCCACCAACCUCUUGCGAUUGGAUGCUCCUGGUUGAACAGAAGAAUGUAAGGAACACUCUUUUUGGUCAUUUUGCUGUCAAAGAACCAACAAAUUCAGCAUUGUAUCAAAGAACAAACUAAAUUAUUACAAAAUUGGUAGUAGUUGCUCUUUUUUACCCAGUUGUUGCUCUGCAUGCUCCUUGAUGCUUCUCCACAGAUGAAUGAACAGCAGGGAUCUUUUCCUCCUGCAUCUCAGUAUCUCAGUGUUUUUCUCUGGCAGAUAAAUGUCCGAGUUACAACCAUGGAUGCUGAGCUGGAGUUUGCCAUCCUGCCCAGCACAACUGGGAAACAGCUUUUUGACCAGAUAGUGAAAACAAUCGGGCUGAGGGAAACCUGGUUCUUUGGCCUCCAGUAUCAGGACAGCAAAGGCUUCUCCACCUGGCUCAAGCUGAACAAGAGGGUGACAGCUCAAGAUGUGAAGAGGGACAACCCUUUGUUGAUUAAGUUCAGGGCCAAGUUUUACCCUGAGGAUGUCGCUGAUGAACUGAUCCAGGAGGCAACGCAGCGCCUCUUCUUUCUUCAGGUAAAAGAGAGCAUCCUAAAUGAUGACAUAUACUGUCCACCUGAGACUGCGGUGCUCUUAGCCUCGUAUGCAGUUCAGGUCAAACAUGGAGACUACAGGAAAGACUAUCACGUGCCGGGAUACCUCACAAGAGAGAAGCUGCUGCCACAGAGGGUUUUGGAGCAGCACAAGCUGAAUAAGAAUCAGUGGGAGGAAAGAAUCCAGGUGUGGCACAAAGAGCACAAGGGAAUACUGAGAGAAGACGCCAUGGUGGAGUACCUAAAGAUAGCCCAGGAUCUGGAGAUGUACGGGGUCAACUACUUUAGCAUCAAGAACAAGAAAGGGUCAGAGCUGUGGCUGGGAGUGGACGCACUGGGGCUGAACAUCUAUGACAAAAAGGACAGGAUGACCCCAAAGAUUGGCUUCCCUUGGAGCGAGAUCAGAAAUAUUUCCUUCAAUGACAAGAAGUUCCUCAUCAAACCAAUCGACAAGAAAGCUCCGGACUUUGUUUUCUACGUACCUCGUCUUCGCAUCAACAAGCGUAUCCUGGCCUUGUGUAUGGGGAACCAUGACCUGUACAUGCGUAGACGUAAACCUGACACCAUUGAGGUGCAGCAGAUGAGGGCCCAGGCGAGGGAGGAAAAGAAUAAGAGGCAGAUGGAGAGGGCUCUGCUGGAGAGUGAGAAAAAAAAGCGGGAAAAUGCUGAGAAGGAAACCGAGAAGAUUGCUCGUGAGACCAUGGAGCUGAUGGAGAGACUGAGACAGAUUGAAGAACAGACAAAGAGAGCUCAAGAUGAGCUGGAGGAGCAGACUCGCAGGGCUCUUGAGUUAGAGAAGGAGAGGAAACUUGCUCAACAGGAGGCUGAGCGCCUGGACAAGGACCGAAGAGCUGCAGUGGAAGCUAAAGCAGCUCUGCUGUGCCAAUCUGAAACCCAGACCAAGAGCCAGGAAAGCCUGGCCACUGAGCUGGCAGAGCUUACCUGUAAGAUCUCUCAGCUGGAAGACGCCAAGAAGAAAAAGGACGAUGAGGCAAAGAGAUGGCAGAAAAGGGCGAUCGUGGUAGAAGCUGAUUUGGAUCGAACCAAAGAGGAGCUGAAGACUAAACUCAUGGGUGUCCACAUCCAAGAUUCAGUCGACUCUCAUGAGCACGACGAGACGGAUGAGAGCAGCGCAGAGGCAAGCGCGGAGCUGAAUUCUCCUGGCACCGUCCGUGAUCGCAGUGAAGAGGAAAGAGUAACAGAGGCCCAGAAGAACAAGAGGCUGCAAAAGAACCUCAAGUUCUUGAGCACUGAGCUGGCCGGAGCUGUAGAUGAGAGCAAAAAGACCCACAAUGACCUGAUCCAUGCUGACAAUGUGAAGGCAGGCCGUGACAAAUACAAGACCCUACGUAAGAUUCGUCAGGGCAACACCAAACAACGCAUUGAUGAAUUUGAGUCCAUGUGAGAGAGGCUGCUGUAGGCCCACUCAGACUGAAGGCAAGAUAUGGAUAGAUGAUGAAAUCGUAGGUGAAGAUUAUUGCAGAGGUAGAAAAUUCACAAAAGGUUUGCUUUUGCCAAUCAUAUUACACACAUUUGCAAUCUCUCUUUAAUAUUGAUUAAUGAAAGCAAUGACAUGUAAGACACUUGUUAUUAUUCCAUCUAAAUGUUAAAUCCUCUAUUCUUUAUCACUUUAUCACAAAUAAAAUACCAUGAAACUCCAUCAGUGUGUUGUGUGUGCGUCAUUUCCCAUAUGAAUAAGUAGCCUAAGCAUCACCUUCAAUUUGACUAACGAGACAAACUGUUGUUCAGCUGAGCUGCAAUCAAAAAUAAAAGCUAAUUAUAGCCUUAAAAUUAUAUUAUAUUUCUCCAUCCAAUAUAUGUAAAGAGAAUCUAGAGCUUCCAUCACUGACCCUAUGCCAUGACUUCUGCAAAAAACAAGUGUAGAAAAGGCUCUGGCACAGCAGGGUUGCCAGAAACAACCCAGAGUCCUCAAAGAAACAAGCAAUCAAGUUUUUCUUUUUCAUUUUAUUAUUAAAUAACAGAAGGAAAUAUGUCGCAAUUAACAGGAAUCAAACUGAUUUUGUUUUGAUUAUGUUUCUCUAGCUGUCUUCAUCCUUCUGAAAUUGCUGACGCCCUCAUCCAUCACACUCUGUCCAAAAAUAAACUACAGUGACCAUCCAUAUAACAUAUAUAGCCUACAGCUGUUUUACAUUUUCUUUGUGAAUAUCAAAGGUCAGUGAUUGCGCAGGAUUAAUCUGACAACACUUUGGGGGAAUUCAGGUAUAUUGGUAAUCAGGUAAUUUGGGACAACAUAAGAAAACAGCAUUUUACUUCUACCCUGAAAAGUGGGGGGGAAGGAAAUUUAUCACUAGUGUGGAUUCAUAUAACAUGAAAUACAGAGGGACCUCAUGUAUGUCAACACAGAACCACAGAGAUGUAACCUACAGGCAACUUUUAAGUAGAGAGGCCUAGAGUAAUAUGCUAAUGAUGCUAAUCUCCCACAGGCCUUAUAAAUUGGUUCAAUUAGCCCCAUAAUCUUUUGACAAUGACAAACAAUGAAGCAAAUGUGUUUAAUUAUUAAUUAAGAAUUAAUAGUGCUGUAACAUAUAAUUAAUGUAAUUAUAAUAUAACACUUUGUUCAAUCUAUGGUUUUAUUCUUAUGAAUGGUUUUAUUCCAUUAUGAAUUUAAUGUCUGUUGCAGAAUAGAAUGGCACCAAGAAACAGAUAAAUAAAUUAAAUAAACAUUUUUGACAUGUUGUCAAGUCUUUUAUGAUUUUAACAUCUUAAUCAAUAGUCUAGGCUGAUGAUAUUUGUUGAUGUAAUAAUAAAUGUAGCUAUCAAAACAAAUGACAGGCUAAUACAUAAAAUCACAUAACCUUAGACAUCUAUUUAAUUAAUUUUUUUGUUAAGAGAUAAGUUCAAAAUACUUUUUGAAAUAUGUCAAUAGAGUUAAAAGCAAGGGCAUACACCUAUAAAACUGUGUCCCAAAUUACCAAACAUGUUCGUGGAAACUAGUUUUGUGUCAACUACAACAAAAUGGUGAACCAAGCUUUGUAAAAAUAUUGUAGGCCUGCACACUUAAUUUCUUCACAUAAAGUAAGCAGACAUCAUGUUGGGUUACUUUUUUAAAUUUAUGAAAAGAACGAGAUCAA